AUGUCCACUCAAUCGGAGCCUGGUACUCUUGGCAACCUGACGGUUGACGAAGAACGCAAGCUGCAGGAGGCAUGGGACAAGUCGCCAGAGAGCUUCAGCCGCCUCUUCUGGGGGAUGAUACUCGCCGAUCAUCCUGAUGCAACUGUCCUCCGAUUCCUCCGGGCCCGAAACUGGGAUGUGUUGAAGGCAGUCAAUAUGCUCGUCUCUGCAGUCAACUGGCGAGGUGAAAGGCGUGUUGACGAGGCCAUUGUUGCAGGGGGCGAGAGCGUCGGGUUGAAGAAAGCGCCAACUGUGGAUGAAGAAGCAUUCAUCAUGCAGUACCGCUCUGGAAAGAGCUAUGUUAGAGGCACCGACAAAGACGGACACCCAAUCUACAUCAUCAGAGUUCGCCUUCACGAUCCACAUAAGCAAUCUCCCGGGGCCAUGGAGACUUAUGUCUUGCACAACAUUGAGACCCUCAGAAUGAUGGCACGAGAUGCGCACGACAAAGUCUGUCUGAUCUUUGAUCUGAGCGGAUUCGGACUGCGAAACAUGGAUUUCCAUGUCGUCAAGUUCCUCAUUGAGAUCCUGGAGGCCAGAUACCCUGAAACUCUUGCCUCAGUGCUUGUCCACAACGCUCCGUUCGUCUUCUGGGGCAUAUGGAGUGUCAUCAAACAUUGGCUGGACCCUGUCAUCUCGUCCAAGGUUCAUUUCACCAGCGGCACAAAAGGCUUGAUAAAGUUCAUUCCCAAGGACAACCUACAGGCGUCCUAUGGGGGUCAAGACGCCUGGGAAUACAAGUACAUUGACCCAGUACCAACCGAAAAUGAGAGAAUGCAAUCGGAAGAGAAGAAGGUCAAAGUCCAGCAGGAAAGGGACGAGCUGAUCGAUCAGCUCAAUCGAUUGACAGCGGACUGGGCGUCUCUGGAACCAGAGUUUGUUCUGGGAAAAGAAAAGAAUGAGGAGAGAAACCAGCUGGUGAAGGUGCUUCAGCUGAACUAUUGGAAGCUGGAUCCAUAUGUCAGGGCGACAACUUACUAUCAUCGAGUUGGGGUAGUAACCAGAGUGGGAGAUGUCGACUUCAAGGCGGCCAGAUAG